AUGCCACCAAAACGCAAAGCAGCCCCGUCCUCGGGCGCCGGUUCUUCGGCCAAACAGCCAGCCACCAAAUCCAAACGAGCACCCUCUCGCAGACCUGCUCCAAAGCUUGCCGCCCAGCUAGACAUGUACAUCCGACGCUCCGAUGACGAAGAUUCCGACAACGAUCCUAUCCCGCCUAUCGCUGCAUCCUCCUCCAAGCCAACUCGAGCAGCUAAUGGAGAGAUCGAAUACGAGCCUGAAUCAGAUGAAGCUUCUCAAAUCGCCUCUUCCGACGACGAGGAGCACAAUGAGGAGGAGCCAGAGGUGAAGACCGUUUCUGCAGCCAACCUAGCUUUCCUUUCAGGCCUCGAUAACAACAAAGCCAUCGAUAUCUCCCAAAAGGUCGCAAAGCAGAAGGCAAAAGAUCUUAAACGGUCGGAUAGGAGGCAAUUUGAUGAGACACGCAAGAGGAUUGCUGCUCAGAAGAAAGCAAAGUUGACACAGCCCAUGUCUGAAGACGAGCAUAGUUUCGAUGACCAAGACUUUUCAGAUGAGGAUUUCGAGGAUAUGGAAGAGGAUGCGCAGGUGAUGCCGAGGGAGAAGAAGAACUACCAAGAAUACAGCGAUGUUUCCGAGGGUGAAGAGGUUGGCUCUUCUUCCAGCGACCAAGAGGGGGAGGUGGCAGCACCGGUAAAGGGCAACAAGAAGAACAAAGGGGAGGAUGAGGAUACGGAAGCAGCAUACCUUGCAAGAUUGUGCAAGAGGAAGGCGAGAGAGCAAUAUCACGAGGAGCAGGAGCAUAAGAAAAGAGCUAAUGCAAAGUUGCCCGUUCGUAAACUUGACGGCCAUCUUUCAGCCUCUGAAGGUCCAGAUAGCAGCGACGACGAAGCAGAGGAUCGCGAGGAAUACAGACAGCAAAGCGAACCGGAUGGACUCAUUUCCUCGGAUGACCAAGAGAAGCCUUCCUCUUCAAAGCCAAAGAGCCGUGCAGUCCACGCCCCUCUCCCCGCCAGCGCCACCGCAGACGACUCGGACUCGGACACCAAACCAUCCAUCCCCACCCGCCCAACCAUGCCACACUCCAGCAUCACCCAUUCUUCCCGCUUCCACCUCACCGCACCCUACGAAAUCCUGCUCACCUCCCACACAUCCCGUCUACCCGCACCACCCUCCACCACUUGGCCCCGCAAAACCCAGCUGCACUACCAACGAACCCUUCUCUCCGCCCAACAAUCCACCCUCCUCCUCGCAAAAAACCAAAUCGCCUCGCUCUCAUCCCAAGUCAUCGCCGACCCCGAAGUCAACCUUGGCUUGCUCCGCCGUCUUGCCGUCUUUGCAUCCCCCACCAUCUCAGCACCACCCGAAAAGAUUCCCGAGAUCCGCGCCGAAGCAGCAAGCCUCAAAGCUGAGGGGAAAGCACAUCUCGCGCGGCCGACCAAGAUUGAAGUCCUAGCCGCGAUUCGGCAGCUGGCCAUGUUGUCUCUGCUGGCGAUAUUUGUGGAUGUUCUACCAGGAUAUAAGAUUCGGAGUUUGACGGAAAAGGAGCAGGAGGACAAGGUGGGACAGGAUGUUGCGCGCAGGAGAGAGUUCGAGUCCGGUCUUGUCUCUGUUUAUCGCGAUUUCCUCGAACUAUGCGAAGAUGAACUCAAAGCGGCAAAUCCAACCGCUACUCCAAUGAAGAGCAAGAAACCAGCUCCCGGAGUUGGAAAGCUAGAAAAGGUAGCUGUCAAGAUCUUCUCAACCCUAGCUACGAGAGCGGUGCAUUUCAACUUUCGACAAAACAUCCUUGGUGUUGUAAUCUCCCGUCUUUCCCGCCGGACUUGGGGUUCGGAUGAAGAAGGAUGUUUCGAAGCGAUCAAAUCCGUCAUUCUGAGCGAUUUGACGGGCGAAGUAUCUCUGGAAGUAGUCCGUCUCAUUCACCGAAUGACGAAAGAAAGACGUUACAAAGUAAACUCUCGCGUUUUCGAUCUUCUCCUUCACCUCCGUCUACGUUCCGAGUUAGGCAACAAACGAUCUUCCACCACCGCCUCCACCGAUCCCGAAGCCGAAGCGGCCAAAGCUGCAAAAGAACAUGCUGAGCGACGAGCAGCCAUGAAAGCCCGCCAGAAGAAAGGAAAAGGCGGCGGCAAAGAGGCAAACGCUAAACUUGUUCGAAAAGGUCUUGCUACCCAUCUUUCCAAGAAACAGGUCAAGAAGCAAAAGCAGUUGAAAGAGAUUCAAGAAGAGAUGAAAGAAGCGCAAGCGACGGUGGAUUUCGAGGAGAGGGAGAGGAAUCAGACCGAGACGUUGAAGUUGCUUUUCGUGUUGUAUUUCACCGUCUUGAAGGCAGAGGUUGGCAGUGUCGGCCUAGGGGUCUUGCAGAGUGUCUUGAUGGGGUUGAGCUCCUUUGCUCAUCGAGUCAACGUCGACUUUUUCAGGGAUUUGUUGAAUGUGUUGAAGCAUCAUGUGGUAGUCAAUUCUGCUCUGCUCGACGAUUCAGCACAGCCAAACGACGACCAAGAUGGUUCCGACUACGACGAAGAAGGCGGAAAUGUAUUGUUGGACCAAACCAACCUAACCCGUACGAUCAGGCACAUCAUAAUCUCGCUCAAAACCACUUUCGACCUCUUCCUGGGCCAAAUUGAAGGCAGUAUCCUCAAGCUCGACCUAAGCGACCUGCUAAGUCACUUUUAUCACGUACUAUUCUUCCUCCCAUUCGUAUCCGAAACGCACCUAACCGCCACCUCUGCCUCCACCAAUGCCACCAGCUCAACCAUCGUCGAUCUUGCUCUGGACUCACUCUACGCAAUCCUAAUCAAGUCCCACACGCGCUUCUCACCCUGCAUCCUUGCCUCGUUCGCAAAACGGUUAGCUAUCAUCUCUUUGCACCUUGCUCCCACCGCCACUUGUGGACCGAAGAAGCUUCUCGCCUUGAUUGCCCACCUGCUUGCAAAACAGAGUACAUCCGCCUCGGCCGACUCUCAACUUGCACUCUUGGAUCUACAAGAUAGAUCGAGAAACGGCAAGUACGAUGCGCUGGGGAGCAACUUGCAUAAUUCCCGUGUGUUGGAGAGUGGACAGAGUAUACUCUGGGAAUUGACGCUGUUAAGGCAAAUGGGAAAUGCAGAGGUCAAUGUCGAAGCCGACAGAGUGUGGAGUCUCAAAGACUCGAACCAGCAGCACUAA